AUGGCUGCGUUCACCACCUCGUGUUGCUUUCUAUUGGGGCUCGGACUGUGGCUUUCGGAGGGGUGUCCAGACAUGUCGGAGGCUCUUUGGCGAGGGGCAGCGAGUGCCAUAUGCUGGGCCCCUGCGACGGUGGCCUAUGUCUAUGCGGUGAAUGCAAUCGGCAUCACGGUCACGCAGACGUGUGUGGCUGGUCUCUUGGUGGCAGUCAAUGUACUAUGGGGGGCCUGUAUGUUUUCUGAGCAAUUGGAGGGAACGUGCAUCAUGGGUCUAGCGUUGACCACCUGCGGUAUUCUAGCCGGCAUCAACGCGAAGAAGUUCAGUGAGCGGCAGAUGAACCGCAUUGCCGGUCAACACUCCCACUUGGACCUGAGCCAACCGGUCCAGGCGGCGUCCUCAACAGCUCCUACUGAUCAAGAGCAGCUCGUGGAGAAGGGCGCGCUGAGGUCUCACGAGCUGGUCGUCAGCAACGGCGGCGGCGCGCAUGCAGGGGGCGGCCAGCAGCAGCCCGCCGCCGCGCACCCCGUGCCGGCGCCAUCCGAGUGGCGGGUCGGCAUGGCCGCGGUGUGCUUCAACGGCAUCUGGGGCGGGUCCAUCAUGGUGCCCACGCACGGGAUGAGCCGAGCGCCCGCAGACUAUGCCAGCUACUCGCUGGCGUUUGGCAGCACGGCGCUGCUGGUGAUCGCCGUGCUGUGGUGCAUCAACUGGAGAAGCGUGCCGCUGUACGUGGCGCAGUGCCGGGUUGUCUGGCGGCGGGGACUGGCGUCGGGCUGUCUCUGGGCCGUGGGCAACGUGUGCUCGGCGGUGGCAGUCAAUGGGUGGGGCGACAUGGCGGGGCUGGGGCUGGCGCUGGGGUACAGCGCCGUGCAAUGCAACUUGGUGGUGAGCAGCACGUGGGGGGUGUGCCUGUUCAGGGAGGUCCAAGGCGCGAUGUCGAUCGGGAUCUGGGCGGUCGGCGCCGUGCUGGUCCUUGCGGGCAUCAUCAUGAUUGCCUCGUCCCAUCGGUGA